CAAGAGAGAGGGCCGGCACAGCCGCAGCAGGGGAGCGAGCGCGAGCGCGAGUGCGAGCAGGGAGCUGCUGCUCCGGACCUGGGGACCCGACGUGACCGCGCAGACGAGAGCCUGUGCCCACACGGAGCCUUCCGGCGAGAUGUGGUGGAGAACCAUAGAACUACAAUGUUAUUUUUUUUUAGUUAAUUGUCUCCUAACUGGUUUAGAAGCUGUGCCUAUAGACAUAGACAAGACAAAAGUAAAAGAUAUUCCUAAUGUGGAAGGAGAAAAAAUAGAAACUCCAGAUACUGGACUGUAUUAUGAUGAGUAUCUCAGGCAAGUGAUUGAUGUGUUGGAAACCGACAAACAUUUCAGAGAAAAGCUCCAGAACGCAGACAUAGAAGAAAUCAAGAGUGGGAAACUAAGCAAAGAGCUUGAUUUAGUAAGUCACCAUGUCAGGACCAGACUUGAUGAACUAAAGAGACAGGAAGUGGCAAGAUUAAGAAUGCUAAUUAAAGCUAAAUUGGAUUCCAUUCAAGAUACAGGCAUAGAUCAUCAAGCUCUUUUGAAACAGUUUGAGCAUCUAAAUCAUCAGAAUCCUGACAAGUUUGAACCAAGAGACUUAGAUAUGUUAAUCAAAGCUGCUACAAAUGAUUUAGAAAACUAUGAUAGGACUCGCCAUGAAGAAUUUAAAAAAUAUGAAAUGAUGAAGGAGCACGAAAGGCGAGAAUAUUUGAAAACAUUGAAUGAAGAAAAAAGGCAUGAAGAAGAAUCUAAGUUUGAGGAAAUGAAAAAGAAACAUGGGAAUCAUCCAAAAAUUAACCACCCAGGGAGCAAAGACCAACUAAAAGAGGUAUGGGAGGAGGCAGAUGGACUGGAUCCUAGAGACUUUGACCCGAAGACAUUUUUCAAAUUACAUGAUGUCAACAGUGAUGGUUUUUUGGAUGAGCAAGAAUUAGAAGCCCUGUUUACCAAAGAGUUAGAAAAAGUAUAUGACCCUAAAAAUGAAGAGGAUGACAUGGUAGAAAUGGAAGAAGAAAGACUUAGGAUGAGGGAACAUGUCAUGAAUGAGGUUGAUGUUAACAGGGACCGGUUAGUGACUUUGGAAGAAUUUCUAAAAGCUACUGAGAAAAAAGAAUUCUUGGAGCCAGAUAGCUGGGAGACAUUGGAUCAGCAGCAGCUUUUCACAGAAGAAGAAUUGAAAGAAUUUGAAAGCCAUAUCUUUGAACAAGAGCACAAGCUCAAGCAGAAGGCAGAAGAUCUCCAGAAGCAAAGAGAAGAACUUCAGCUUCAGCACAACCAGCUUCAGGCCCAGAAACAGGAAUACCAGCAGGUGGUGCAGCAGAUGGAACAAAAGAGAUUACAACAAGGAAUACCUCCAGCAGGGCCAGGUGGAGAAUUAAAAUAUCAGCCACCUGGGCAGCAACAAGAGGAGAAAUCAGAAAAACAUUCUCUAGGCAGUGACCACCUUCAGCCUUUGCCACCACAGCACGUUUCUCCUCUUCAGGAAGGAGCAGCCAUGGCUGAACAUGUCCAGAUUCACCCUUAAUCACCUGGUGCCUCAACUUUAUACUUGUUCAUUUUUGUUUGUUUAUAAAGGGAGACUAAAGUGGAGUAAGAAAUUAAAUUUAAAAGUCCUAUUUCUUGCCCUUACCUGUAGCAUCAUCAAAAAAAAUAGAAUGUAAUUUUGUUUCUAGCAACAUUUUAAGACAAUUUUUAUUUUCUCUGUUAAAAUGUAAAGGGAGAGAAGGUUACUGAAAACCUAAUUCCCUUUUUUGACUUCCUUAAGACAAAUCUUAUUGUCUGGGGGAUAAGAUCCCAUUAGAUAAUAAAAACUACUAGUUAGCUAUAAAUAAUAAUUUGUUCUCAGGAGAAUCCCAGAACUAACCUAGAACAUAUGUAUAACUCCAACAAAAGAUGAUCGAGAACUUGGAUCCAAAGGUCAAGUUUUUCCAUUUCAAGCACUGCCAACCUGCUUGUUGUUUCUGAGACCAAAAAAGUAACCCUCAAAACAAAACUUUGGAACUUAAGCUUUGAUUUUUUUAAUUGCCUUGAAGAAUUAUGCAGAAUAGUAAUGAUCAUGUUUACAGAUCCCUCAGAUUCUCACUAUGUAAAGACUUUGGCAUAAAUAUUUUUAACUUUGGUUAUAAUGAAGGUAAUAUUGUACCAGUUGUGGGGCAACAAUUUACAAUAUUGUUUUUCUUGCAUAAUAGCCUCUCUUCCUAAGAGUCCCAGAAACUGCAUGCUAUUUAAAUCGUUUUUAUUGAAAAAAGAUAUUACAAGAAAUAACAUUGGAGUUUGCUGUGCAAAUUUGCCUACCUCCUUUCAUUUCUGCAUUCAUAUGGUAUAUUUCCUUAAAUUUUCUGUAUUUAAAAUUAUAAAUUUCAAUGUUAAUAGUAGGUAGUUGCUGUUUCUUUUCUUUAUAGUACAGUAAUUGGACUCUUUACUGGAUGAUUUUUUUAUUUUGUUUUGAAAAAAGUAAUUUAUUUUCUUCAUUCCGAUGAGUAGGACACACAACAAAUCAUAGAAACAAUCAAUAAUUUCAUCAAAGAGAGUGACAGUAAUAAGACAAAAUACCAAAAUUUAUGGGAUGCCCAAAGCAGUAUUAAGGAGAAAUUUUAUGUCUCUUAAGUGCUUACAUGGAUAAAAUAGAGAAAAGGCAGAUCAAUGGCUUGAGUGUGCAGUUUAAAAAGCUAGAAAAAUAUUAAGUUAAAAUUCCUCAAAAAAAGACCAAAUUAGAAAUUCUGAAAAAUCAAAAAUUAAUAAAAUUGGAAGUAAGAAAACUAUUGAAUGAAUAAAUUUAAGAACUGGUUGACUUGGAAAUUUGAUUUGGAAAAAGAGAGAAGAAAAACAGUUUACUGAUAUCAAAAAUGAAAAGGGUGAAUUCACCAUCAGUGAUGAGGAAAUUAACACAAUGAUUAGGAGCUGUUUUGCCAACUGUAUGCCAAUAAAUCUAAAUGGAAUGGAUGAAUAUAUUUACAAAAAUAUAAAUUGCCCAGAUUAUCAAAAGAGGAAAUAAAAUAUUUAAAUAACCUCAUUUUAAAAAUAGAAAUUGCACAAGCCAUUAAUAAAAUCCCUAAGAAAGAAUCUCCAAGGCCAGAUGGAUUUACAAAUGAAUGCUACCAAACAUUUAAAGAACAACUAUUUCUAAUACUAUAUAAACUAUUUGGAAAUACAGAUGAAGUUGUAAUCCUAUCAGAUUUCUUUAUGACAUAGAUAUGUUGCUGAUAUCUACACCAGGAAGAGCCAGAACAAAGAAAGACAAUUAUACACUAACUUACCUUAUGAAUAUUGGUACAAAAUUUUAAAAUAAUAAAUUAGCCAAGAGAUUACAGCUAUUUAUCACUGGGAUAAAACACUAUGACCAGGUGAGAUUUAUACAAGGAAUACAGGAACAGUUUAAUAUCAGGAAAACUGUCAGCAUAAUUGACCACAUUAAUAAUAAAACCAAUAGAAACCAUAUGGUUAUCUCAAUAGAUGCAAAAAAUGCUUUUGAGAAAAUACAGCACCCAUUCCUAUUAAAAACAGCAUAGAGCUAGAGAACAUAGGAAUACAUGGAGCUUUCCUUAAAAUGAUAAAUAGUAUCUAUAACUAGAAGCAUCCCCAAUAAGAUCUGGGGUGAAGUGAGGAUGCCUGUUUUCAUCACUAUUAUUCAAUGUUAUGUUAGAAAUUUUAAUUUUAGCAAUAAGAGAAGAAAAAGAAAUUGAAUGAAUUAGAAUAGGCAGUGAGGAAACGAAGCUAUCAUAGUAAAUGAUAUGAUGGUAUGCUUGAAGAAUCCCAGAGAAUCAACUAAAAAGUAUUUGAAAUAACAACUUUAGCAAAGUUGCAGAACAUAAAAGAAACCUACGUAAAUAAUCUAUAGUUCUAUAUAUUACUAACAAACCCAGCUGCAAGCGACAGAGAGAAAUCCCAUUUCAAAUAACAGUAGACAAUAUAGAAUAAAUUUUGGAGUCUCCUUAACCAAGACAAACCAAGGAACUAUAUGACACAGUUAAAAAACUGUUCACAUAAAGUCAGAUGUAAACAACUGGAAAAAUCUCAUUUACUCAUGGGUAAUCUAAUAUAAUAAAAAUGACAGUCUUAUCUAAAUUUUUAAAUUUAAAUAAUUUACUUAUUCUGUGACCAAUCACACUAUCAAAAAUUUAUUAGAGCUAGAAAAAUAACAGAAUUCAUCUGGAAGAAUAUCAAGGGAAUUAGAGAAAAAAAUGCAAAAGAAGGUGAUCUGGCCAUACCAGAUGUAAAACUGCAUUAUAAAGCAGAAAUCAUCAAAACUAUUUGGUGUUGGCUAUGAAAUAGAGCAGUAAAUCAAUGAGAUAGAUUACGUACAUAAGAUACCAUGUGAUUAGAGUAAUCCUUCUGAUAAACCCAAAGACUCCAGUUUCUGGGAUAGAAACUGACUAUUUUGAAAAAAAAUCAAUACAACAAAACUGUUGGGAACACUGAAAAAUGAUAUAACAGAAACUAGGAAUAUAGACCAACCUCUGACACCAUAUAUGAAGAUAAGGUCAAAAUGGGUAUAUGAUUUAGACAUAAAGAUGAUACAAUAAGCAAAUUAGGCAUGGUUUACUUGUCAGAUCUAUGCAGAAAGGAAGCAAACAAAAGAUAGAGAACAUUAGGAAAUAUUAAAUGGAUAAUUUUGAUUACAUUAAAUUUAAAAAGUUUUACACAAAUAAAAUCCAUGCAACCAAGAUUAGAAGGAAAGCAGAAAGAUGGGAAACAGUUUUUAUAGCCGGUAUUUCUGAUAAGGCCUUAUUCAAAUAUGCAGAAUUGAGUCAAAUUUUUAAGAAUAAAAAUCAUUCUUAGUAAUAGUAGUAAAGUAGUAAAAGGAUAUGAACAAGCAGUUUUCAGAUGAAGAAAUUAAAGCUAUAAUCAUUGGAAAAAACUCUAAGUCGUUAUUAAUUAAAGAAAUACAAAUAUGGUGUUACAUCUAUCAGAUUGACUUAAAAGACAGGAAAAGAUAAUGAUAAAUAUCGGAAGGGAUGUGAAAAAAUUGGGACACUACUACAUUGAUAGUGGAGUUGUGAACUGAUCAGCCAUUCUGGAGAGCAACUUGGAACUCGGCACAAAGGGCAAUAAAACUGUUUAUGCCCUUUGAUCUAGCAAUGCCACUACUAGUUCUGUAUUCCAAAGAUACCAAAAAGGGAAAAAGACCUAUGUAUACAAAAAUAUUUAUAGCACCUCUUUAUGUGGUGGCAAAGAAUUGGAAAUUGAGGGGAUGCCCAUCAAAUGGGGAAUGACUGAACAAGCUGCGAUAUGUGAAUGUAAUGGAAUUCUAUUAUGCUAUAAGAAAUGAUGCACUGGAAGAGUUUAGAAAAACCUGGAAAGAGAUGAACUGAUGCUGAGUGAAGUGAGCAGAACCAGGAGACCACUGUACAUAAUAACAGCAAGAUUGUGUGAUGAUCAGUUAUGAUAGACUUGGCUCCUCUCAGCAAUAAAAUAAUGCAAGACAACUCCCAAAAGAUUCAUAAUGGAGAAUGCUUUCUAUAUCGAGAGAAAGAACUAUGGAAUCUGAAUGCAGAUCAAAACAUAUUAUUUUCACUUUUUUCUUUCAUGGCUUUUCUCUUUUCUGUUUUCUUUUACAAUGGGACUGUUAAGAAAAUAUGUUUACUUGAUUACACAUAUAUAAUCUAUAUUAGAUUGCUUGUUAUCUUGGGGAGAAGGAUUGAGAGGGAAGAAGGGAGAAAAAAAUUUACAAGUCUUAGAAAAAAGAAUAUUAAAAACUAUAGAUAAGUGGAAAAAAUAAAAGAAUAUAUUUUUUAAAGAGGCAAGACAUUUUUCUCUCUUUCACCUGUCUCUAAUUUAUUCAAAUUGAUUCAAACCACAAUCUCACUUUGAUUUUCUUGAGACUUCCUUAAUUUUUCUCUCUUCUCUCCCUACCCUACUUUCAUUUAAAAGCAGAUAUUUUUCAAAGAAAUCUGUAAAUGUAGACUCCUUACCUAGGUCAGAGAUCAACCCUGAAUCACUGAUUUAGUAGCUGGAACCUGAGAAGAUGGAGCACUAGGAACUAGUCUAACUCUGUCUGUGAUCUUGGCCAAGUGAUUUCUGCCUCAUGUACUUAACUUCUCUUGAAAAUGAUGUUUUGUUAAUUUAGCUGUGUACUGUGAAGAUCUGAAGAGUCUAUUAAAUAACAUCUGAAAAAUACUCUGAACUCUUUGGAGAAAAGAAUAUAGUUAUAUAGUCAAGGCUGAAUUAUAUAUACUAAAUAUUCAGUCCCAGAAUGAAUAUCUUGCCAUUUGGUUACACUUAAGGAAAAGGGCCAGAUAUUGGCAAUCAGGAAAUCACCACCAUCAUAACAAAAUAGUACUUAUCUUUUCAGUUUAUAUUUUUAAAUCACUUCGAAAAUUUUAAAACAUCAUAUAAGUACUAUUUUUAUCUUUUUGUAGAUGAAGAAAUCAAAGCACAAGUUAAUGGCUUAUCUAUGUACUUGACAAAUGAGAGAAAAAAAAAUGUGCUUCUGUGAAAGUCUUCAUAAAUCAGUUUGUUCAAAUUCUGUUUAUUUGUUGGUCUUCAACUUUAAUCAUCUUCUUGAAAGCUGGUGCUAAAUUGUCCAUGCCAUUUGAUUAUAUUAGUAGUUCUUUGAUUUUAUUGAGUUUCUCAAACGCUUCCCUCCCCCUGAUGAGGGCUAGAUAUGGGGUAUCUAAAUGAAAUUAGAGUUUAGUUUUGGUCUAAUGACAGAUUCGGGUUACAGGGAGUCAAAUAGAGCUCCCCUGCAACCCCAUUGGAUUCGGUGCAAGGAUACGGCGUUAAAUGAAGGCUAGUAGCGGCGCAAGUCCCCAAUAAAAGCAUUUAUUGGCCCUGGAAAGCUAGAUUGAUAAAAGAGGUUUAUUAUGGGGUUUGGAAGUAAGGUUAAGGUAUAGUUAAAAAAAUAGGUGAAGGUAGAGAUAAGAAGGGCACCGGAAAAAGGGUCCAGUGGACAGAAAGUCCUGACAUGCCAGGCAUAAGGUUGGCAUGUUUGGGAUCUCUGGCAAGAGAGGGUCCCAGUGUGGCCCUUUUAUAAUGGGAGAUUUAGCUAGAGGGGCCCCAAAUUGGCUCAGAUCCCAAUGAGGGCUGGCACAGGCCUGGAUCUUCUAUUGGAAUUCAAAGGGAUCAGGAUUUCUGAAUCAAAAGGAAAUUUACAUUAACUAGGAGGGGUUGGGAAUCAGAAAGAAAGCAUUCUUAAAGGGACCACACCUGCAUCACCCCCACUGCAGUUUUUAAUGCUAGGGUAAUAAUUGACUGAAUUUCUAAAGCAGUAGAUUAUUUGUGAUUAUCCUGUAAUUUUUUUUAUGAAUACCUCCUAUUCUUCAUAGCUUAAGAAACAUUUUGUUGUAUUUUUAAAUUUUUUUUUGUUAAAUAUGAAUUUUUAAACUAUUUAAGUAUGCUUAACGUUAAAGGGAAAAAACAUCAAAUCUUAUGCAACUAUUUUCUUUGGCUUGGAUUUUCCUAGAUGAAUUGUAUGUCUAUUUCUUUUGUGGAUUUCUUCCUCUCUUAGUAUGACUGAACUUUGUUUUCAUUGACAUUUGUGGUGUUUGAGAGGUGAAGUUGCACUUGGGAAAAGGCAAAAGCCAAAUCAAAGGCAGAAUCCUUUCUUCUUGGCCUUUUGCAUUUCUGCACUUUGCCAUAGGGAAGACUAGUCAUCCUAUAGAAAAAUCUCUGACUUGAUAGAUAGCAUUGUACUUCCUGGAGAAAGCUGAUGGGGAAAGAUUCGAACUCAUGGGAUCAAUACUUGCACUGCAGUGUAGUAAGACCCUGAUGAGAAGAUGUUUCUUAUCUCAAUUCCUUGAUGGUUUUUACUCCAUUUAAAAUAAUAUUUAUGAAAAUAAACCAGAUUUUCUUCCUGUGGUGUAUAAGACAAAUAUUUCACUCUUCUUUAAUUGUGAUAAGGUAAUACAAGUCUUUUAAUAUAAAGCCAUGCCCUUGUAUUGUCCAGGUAAACCCAUUCCACUUUUUUUGUUUUCAUUGUUGCUAUUUUUAAAAGAUUUAAUUUGCAAUACAAUAAAGUUCUUUCCCUUUUCUGGCUC